UAAUGAAGCCACCGGAAGUUGGUUUGUUGACAUCUGUAGCAGAUUCGCUUCAGGCAGCUGCAGGAAUGAAUGUGACUGACGCGCACGGCGGUGAUCUGAGUCGAGGUCUGGAGGAUGUUCCCGUUUUAUUUGAAGGACUGGCAUUUCAUACUUUUCAGUACUCUCCAGAGAACGUUCAGGGGCCAGGAUCCGCUGUAGACCCCAGUGAAGUUACCCUUCCUGGAUGCUCCUGCCUUUCCCACUCGUGCUCCAUUGACAGCUGUUCCUGCCUGCAGACCCAUGGUCAGACGUAUGACAGCACAGGCACGCUGCUCAACCUCAACAGAACAGACUCGAGUUUCUGCUCACCUGUAUUUGAGUGUAAUGCCCUUUGCACCUGCAGUGACGAUUGCUCUAACCGGGUGGUGCAGAGAGGGCUGCGGUUCAGGUUGCAAGUGAACAAAACCCAGGACAGGGGCUGGGGAGUCCGGACACUAGAGAAAAUCUCACACGGGACAUUUGUAUGCGAGUAUGCAGGGGAGGUGAUCAGUUUUGAGGAGGCCAGGCGCCGACAGCUUGCCCAGAGGUCUGAGGAAAAUAAUUACAUUAUCGCUGUAAGGGAGCACGCGGGCACGGGCUCCGUCACUGAGACAUUUGUGGACCCAGCCCAGGUGGGAAACGUGGGUCGCUUUCUCAACCACUCCUGCAUGCCUAAUCUGGUCAUGGUGCCAGUGCGUGUGCACUCUGUAAUUCCCAGAUUGGCGCUGUUUGCUGGACGGGACAUUGAAGCUCAGGAGGAGCUGACAUUCGACUACUCGGGAGGAUACAGUAACCAGCAUCCUGCAGAGCUGCUGCCCGUGCAAAGCGAUGGCGCCGCACAGGCCAGGAGGACAGAUGGACUCCAGAAGAAAGUCUGUCACUGUGGUUCCAACAACUGCACACAAUUCCUUCCUCUGGAUUUAUCCAUUCUCAGCUGAAACUAUCAUGAACAUUGGGAAAAGAUUACUGUAAAACACGAUACCUUCAGCUUUUCUUUUCUUUUGUUCUGAUGCUUAUUUAUUUAUGUCUGUAUUUUCCUAAAAUCUUCAUUAAUUCAGCUGCUUGUUAGCACAAGACAAUGCAGCAUGUUGGUGUCUCCAUGAACACAAUGAGCUGGAUGAGUCAUGUCUGUGCCCAUCUCUGCUUCCUUCCUGUUUGGUCCCCUGAGUGUCUGCUGACCUGCCACUGUCUUAAUGCCGUCUCCCACUAACUGCGAGAUGAUGCAAUGAAAACAAGAAUAAUUAGAUUCUUGCUGACAUUCUUAUCUGUUCUUUCACUUGUAUAAUCUAUUUCAUGUAUUAGGACAGGCUUGUUCCCAGGUGAUUUACAGUCUUAUAGUUAUUGUCCUGUCCUGGCCCAUUUCUCACACCAUACACGAUUCUGGAAGAAGUAGUGAAGUCAUUUGCACUGGCAGGUGUGAAAGAAUGAUGUUUAAUAGGUUUCCUUUUAUAGCCACGUAGGAUCAAGAUUGGAACCUCUGGUAGAGCUCAGUGCAAGUAAAGACGUGAGAUGUUUUAUUCCAAAAAGACAAACUCACAUAAAAGGUGAUAAUUGUCAUAUGUCUCCAUCUACUUGACAUUGUUGUCGUUGUGCUACGCGGCCACCUCUCGUAGAUAUUCUCAGCUUCUCAUCGCACUCAAACCUCAAGAGAAGUGGGACCAAUUAAAAAGAGCCACGGGGUAUAGUUUAUAUAGAAACAGACCUUAUUCCCCUGUCGUGGAGGGGGGGCAAGGUGUCCCACUUAAGCGUGACCAUUCUGAAAUCAGAACCUUCUCUCAAUCUGCCCCAUUUCUAGUCUAGACCUGCUUUCAUCUUAUUAAUAUCCACAUCUGGGUUAAUUAGGAUGGAGACCAUGUUUCAUCCAGAAAUGGGACCAGUACUCCAGCCACAGUGGGGCUGAGAAAGACUAGCGGUGGUGGUGGUGGAGGGAGUGGCAGCCUUCUGUUAAUUGGAGACCACUGUCAAGUUGAUUGGUUUCCAUGUCACCCAGUGGAGAAGCAAAGUGUCGUAUCAACCUAUAUUUCUUCUUCUCUUAGGGUUACCUGGGAUUCUUUCUGUUUGUUGAGCCUAAUCUGAUCCACAUUCGAACUUAAAGGGAUCAUUUGGAAUUCUAAUAUUUUUUUUUCCAAAGAGUUGGAUGAGAAGAUCCUUUGCAUCGGUCUGGACACCCCAGCUUUAAAGCAUUUUUAAAAUGUGCUAAAUUAAACUUUGGGUAUUAUAAAAAAAAUACACAACAUGUCUGAUACCUCCUCUGUCUGACUCCAGUAACAGACAGUACAAAUGUGCAGUGUUAUACAGCAGAUACUAACAUGUAGCACGCAAUCAGAAAUAGCCAGGCAAAGUGUCUGCAUGCUGCUGAGCCUGUGGCCUUGGACUAAACACUAACAGAGAAAUGCAGAAAUGGAAUAAUUGUGCAUAUUUAACAUAAAAGAGAAGAAUGUACAAAGUUA